AUGACCUCUAUAAACCAUAGCAAUAACUUGUGCCUUGUCACCCUUCACUUACCUUCAUCCACCUCUUGCCACUGCCCUGACCAUGUGCCGCCUAGGGAGCUUGACAAGAAAUUUGGUGAAAAUAAAAAGUGCGAAAUAACCUCAAAUAACAACCCUACUAACAUCCUUACUAACCUCUGCACUGGCCUCGAGAAAUUCCUCGGCUUCAACUCUGCUACCAAAGGCUACGACGGCCAGGGGAUUGUGUACUCUGACUUGGAUAGGCUGUGCGAUGCGGUGAUGGGAUUUUUGAGUAGUAUAAUCACUGACGUAAAUAAGAACGAAAACCUCAAGAAAUACAAUAAUAAUUUAAAUGGCAUACUUGAAAGCAUUAAACAAGCUAAAUAUAAUAGAAAAAAUUUUGAUAGUAGUAUUGCCUUUGUCAGUCAGGGAAUUAGGGAAUGGGUGAGGGGGGUGGAGGGGAAACAUCAAAACAUUAUGACGCCUUUAAAUAAGCUAAAUGAAUCGAUGAACGGGCAUAUGACAACCAAUAUGGAAUAUAAGAAAACAACAGAUCAGCUCUCUAGCUGGCAAACUAUUGCAGGCGACUACCUUGGACAUGUAUUAAAUUCCGAGCUGGCUUUUAAUGAAAUUGACAAUAAUCUCGUAAGCAAAAUAUCUGACAGAAUAGCGUUAUUAAAACAAGUCUUUGACAAUUUUUGGAAUUCAGUGAAUGAUCCCGCCGUCGAGGAGUCUGUUAAGGAUUUAAAUGACAAGUUUGUUAGGCAACGCAGAGAAAUGAAUGAACAAAUUCAAACAAAAACCCAAGCAGUGCAAAGCACGUUAAAUGUGAAAUUUCAAAAUAUUGAGCACUCAAUAAAGAAUCUUGAGGACCAAAAGAAGAGUGGAUUCGACGAUAUAAAUGAAGCCGUACGAGACUUGUCAAAAAUGUCUGAUGAAAUCAUUGCCGAGUUCAACCUGAAAUAUAGAAGUCGCAUUCAACAGGAAUUUGCGACAUUGAAAACGCCGAUGAAAGAUAUUGAUCCCGAUAACGAUGAGGCUCCACUGCCACAAGGAACCAUAUGUAAGCUCAGAGAGCAAGUCGAUGUUAUACGUAAACAAGUUAAAGCCAUGGACAAUGCGUGUCGAGACAAAUUAACGGAGAUAUGGAAACAUGUGAGAGACAGCAUGGGGGAUGAUUCAAGUAAAGGCGUUUUGGCGGCGCUUACGAAAUUGGAGGAAGACAUAAAAAAGGAUUUGUGUCUAAUAAGGAAAAAUGUUGGGAGGGACGUGAAAAAGUAUGUUAAGGAUUACGUUAUUCGAGUUAAGGAGCAGGUUGGGAUUAUUGAGGAUAAGAUUGGACAGACAAGCGGCCCCCUGAAUAGCAUAUAUUACAAUUGGGAUGCUCUACGAAGGGAGAUUGCAUGGUAUGCUACUGGGUUAAUUGGAGAAGACGGCCAAACCAUUAAGCCAUAUUAUCACGGUUUGAAGGGUAUUAAAGAAAAAGUGAAGACGUAUACCGAUAAAUUCAAAAAUGACUUCGGGACAACGAUACUACCGGCAUGGAUGGACUAUGCAUUGAAUACAAAUAAAAUUGUUAACGACAGGCUUGAUGUUUACUUCAACAAUAACAAAGAUGUUGUUGAGCUGAAAUCGAAAUUUACCGAUUUGAAAACAAUCAUUAAUCAGGUUAAGCUUGCGAUCAGCGCCGAAAUAUCAGAGAAGCUUAGUAGCGUAAUUGGUGGAGCCAAUGCAAUCAUUUCUUCAGAAGAUAUCACUGAGAAUGUUAAAAAAGUUCAGGCGUUUUGUAAUAACUUCGCUGAUCAGCUUGCUGCCAAAACCAAGGCUUCGGAUGGGAUUAAAGUCAUGGAUGUCGUUAAAAAAAUUGAGAAGAAUUUAGGGAUGGAAUCGAAUACGCCCAAGCCUGAUGGUUACAUCAGCUCGAAUCUCAUAUUGGCUGUUGACUCCAUCUUUCCAUCUCUUGUCUCUAUUGCCUUACAAACCUCCAAUACGCUCGAAUCGUUCACUUCUAACCGUAAACACACUUUUGUUCUAGGGAAAAGCCUUGACGAAGCCAUAAAAACAGCGAAUUCAAUUAAAGAUAAAGUUGGAAAGAUCGAUGGCAAUGGCCCACAUCAAGGCGAUACUAUUACGAAGGCUUUGAAGCAGGUCGCCCCUGAGAUCCAGCGUCUCGAUCACGAUCUUAACACAGCGUUGGGUAAAGGUAGCGAUAUCGGUGACCUGGUCAGCAUAAAAGACGGUAUCGAUGCGAGGGUUGAUAUAAUCUGA